AUGGCUGCCAUGGCUUGCUGGGGAGGGCGGCUUGGGCCUUUAUGUCGAGACGGCGUGGGAACAAAAGUAGCAGCAGGGGAAAGGAAAUGCAGUAGUUUCGUGCAACCGGUCCUGGGAAUGGCUGCUGUGGGAGGGGUUAUUAGGCGGCGGGAUGGACGAGGAUCAGGGCUUGGGGGAUCAGUUAAAGCUUCUUUAAGGGGGUCAACGGCCAAGAGGCUGGAACGCUACAGAGCGCGUGUGUAUGGGCAGGGAAGGCAGAAGAACAAUGGAACAGACGACCAUUGGAGGGGGAUGAAGGAGACGACCAGUCUGACAGGCAUAAAGAUAGUUUGGGACUGGGAAGGGAGGGGGGCGGGGGGGGAGGAUAAUGAUGUCUGGAAAGAAACUUGGAAGAAAUCAUCGCCGGGCGCAUUAAGAGAGAGCGCGAGAAUAAUAAUAUUAAAAGGCGAGAAGAGCGUUGCAUCAGAAGCGGUUGCUAAUUAG